AUGCAACAACUCUGUACACCAUAACUGCAAACAGGCAACAACAUCUCCUCUGAUUCCAGCUGAAAUCCACAAACUUUGCUUAAAUGACCAGCCAGGUGAUCUCAACUGACAACGGUAGAAUUCUUAUCCAAAUAAAUCCACAGAUAGGUCAAGACGAUGCUGAACAACAGGAUGAGAGAGCAACUAAUCUCAAUACACUUCUUAUGGGGUUUCUUAAAGUACAACUAAAGACAUUGGGGACUGUCCAGAUAAUGAUUGGUGUGGUGUUUUUCUUAUUUGGUUUUGGGUUCACUACUGAUGAACCAACCAAAUACAGAAUUUUUUACAUAACUAACAGUGGCAUAACCCACUGGGGAUCCCUUAUUUACAUCGCUGCUGGUUCUCUGUCUGUUGUUGCGGAAAAUAAACUCCAUCCCUGGUUGGUGAAAGCUUCGCUUGGAAUGAACGUAUGCAGUGCCGUAACUGCAGGGAUAGCCAUUAUUAUAUCGGCUGUAGAUUUAUCAGGAUCGCAUCUCAUUUCAGAAAUUAAGUGGCCCACUGGAACAAUACUGGUGUUCUCCAUCCUCCAGUUAAUCAUCUCUAUCUCCAUCUCGGCUUUUGCCUACACAACCACCUUCUGCACAAACCAUACAGUGGUCAAUGUUUCAUUUAACCAGAACAUCUAAAUUUACGAGACUCCAUCAACUCAACAUCUGAGUCCUCAGUGGGAAAGAAGACCAGCAGCAAAAACAACAGAAAAUUUGCAACUUUUUUGUCAUGUAUUUUUUUUUAAAAUGAAAGUUUAUAGGUUUUGGCUUAAAUUAAGUGUUGUAGACUUAAUGUAGGCUUAAUAUGUUUUAAAUAUGGUAACAAUUGGGAAAUCUGACUCA